AUGAUCUCCAACACCCGGGUCUUAUUUUCUCUGAUCUUAUUAUCUCUAAGCACAAUUCAAGUUCUUAGCGCAGACUCAAAUUCUUCCAAUCCUUACAUUCUUUCUUGUGGCUCUUCAAAAGGUGGCACCGAUUCCGAUGGCCGGAAAUGGUCAUCGGAUUCCCAGUUUAUUUCCGGGAAUUCCACAACGGCAAAGGCCCAAUACCAAGACCCUUCUCUUCCUUCCGAAAUCCCCUACAUGUCUGCAAGAAUCUUCAGCUCUUCUUGCUCAUUCAAAUUCUCUGUUUCACCAAAGCAACGCCAUUGGCUCAGACUCCAUUUCUACCCUUCUUCCUAUAACAACCUCGACAAAUCCAACUCGUAUUUUGAUGUAACUGCAAAUGGAUUUACUCUCCUCAAGAACUUCAGCGCCUCCAUCACAGCUCAGGCUCUCACGCAGGCCUACAUUGUCAAAGAAUUCUCACUCAUUCCUAUUGAGUCCGGGAAUCUCAACAUCACCUUCACCCCCUCUUCAUCUCAUAAUAACUCAUAUGCUUUCGUCAACGGUAUUGAGGUCAUACCUAUGCCGGAGUUAUUCCAAACCGCCAACUUGGUUGGAUUCAAUGACAAAACAAUCGAUGUACAAAGCUCUACCCUUCAAACCAUGUUUCGGCUCAAUGUGGGUGGACAGUAUGUUGGGCCAGCAAACGACUCUGCUGGGCUUAGCCGGACAUGGUAUGACGAUUCGCCUUACUUGUUUGGUGCUGCAUUUGGUGUCACAUCUCAGGCUGAGAAGAAUGUCACGAUUCAAUACUCUAAAAAUGUGUCAGAUUCUUUUGCACCUGUUGAUGUUUACAAAACAGCUAGAUCAAUGGGACCUGACUCGAAGGUGAAUUCGAAUUACAAUCUCACAUGGGUUUUCCAAGUGGAUGCUAAUUUCACCUAUGUUGUGAGGUUUCAUUUCUGUGAGCUUUAUCUCACCAAGGUCAAUCAGAGAGUGUUUGAUAUAUAUGUGAACAACCAAACUGCCCAGCAGGAUGCAGAUGUUAUCAUAUGGGCCGGGAAGAUUGGAGUUCCUGUUUAUAAAGAUUAUGCAGCUUAUGUGAAAGAUCAAACUGGUGAUGAUGAACUGUGGGUGGCAUUGCACCCAACUGUGUCAAUGAAGCCUCAGUACUAUGAUGCAAUACUUAAUGGAUUGGAGAUAUUUAAGAUCAAUGAUACUCGUGGCAACUUGGGUGGCCUCAACCCUGUGCCGUCUCAGAUGCUUCAGGAUGCUGAGGCAGCCGCGGCUGGGGCCAAUGAUCCCACCCCACGGGCAGCAGGAUCAAAGAAUAAGGGUUUGGUAAUUGGUGGAGUCACUGGUGGGGCUGCUGGUGUUGUUGUAGCUGCUGCGGUCUGCUUUUUUGUAUACCAUAGGAAGAAGAAAUCACAUGAGUCCGGAGCUGGGGCUUGGUUGCCGCUGUAUGGUACCUCUACCACAAUAACUUCUCGAAAGAGUGGUACUAAUAGCGGUAGUACUAGCCAUGUUUCGAGUCUGGCUGCUGGUCUGUGUAGGCAUUUCUCAUUAUCCGAGAUCAAACAUGGUACCAAGAACUUUGAUGAGUCUGAAGUUAUUGGGGUUGGAGGGUUUGGGAAGGUUUACAAAGGGUUGAUUGAUGGCUCAACGAAAGUGGCUAUAAAGAGAUCCAAUCCAUCUUCUGAACAAGGAGUUAAUGAGUUCCAAACUGAAAUCGAGAUGCUUUCAAAGCUUAGGCACAGGCAUUUGGUUUCAUUGAUUGGUUAUUGUGAAGAAGAUGGCGAGAUGAUUUUGGUUUACGAUUACAUGGCUAAUGGGACUCUUAGGGAGCACCUUUACGAGCAUGACAAGCCUCCCUUGUCGUGGAAGCAAAGGUUGGAAAUUUGUAUAGGAGCUGCAAGGGGACUGCAUUAUCUUCAUACUGGUGCAAGGUACACAAUUAUUCACAGAGAUGUUAAAACCACAAAUAUUCUCUUGGAUGAGAAUUGGGUUGCUAAAGUGUCUGAUUUCGGGUUAUCCAAAACGGGGCCUAAUCUCCAGCAAACCCAUGUUAGUACAAUGGUGAAGGGUAGCUUUGGAUACUUGGACCCUGAAUACUUCCGCAGGCAACAACUGACUGAAAAAUCAGAUGUUUACUCAUUUGGGGUAGUUCUAUUCGAAGUCUUGUGUGCAAGGCCAGCACUCAAUGCUACAUUGCCUAAGGAGCAAGUUAGUCUUGCAGAUUGGGCGUUACACUGUCGAAAACGGGGAACUCUUCAUGAAAUCAUUGAUCCACGUCUUAAGGAGACACUAAUGAAUCCUGAAUGUCUUAAAAAGUUCACAGAGACAGCUGAGAAGUGUUUAUCUGAUCAUGGACUAGAACGUCCUUCCAUGGGUGAUGUGCUUUGGAACCUCGAGUUUGCUCUUCAAUUGCUUGGACAUCCUGGUGAGGAAAGUGUUGUAACUGAAGUUAAAGCAAAUGAUGCUUAUGCUGUGCAAAAUGCCGCUGUCGCCAUUGAAGAAGAGAGCAGUACUGCAGGUGUGCCUGUCGAUGGGUUGACCAAUAGUACUGUUGUUUUUUCACAGUUUAUGAAUCAACAAGGAAGAUGA